UGCUGUAGCGCACGCGUCACGGUGCCCCGUCGACGUCGACUGCGACGACGAUGAUAAUAGCCGAUGAUAAUAAUAAUAAUAGUAAUAAUAUUGUACUUGUUAUUUUGAUUUCGCCGCGGCGACGACCACAGUCGACGAAUAGUGCGUGUAUGCGCUCCGAGUCUGGCAGACGGCCCAUCCGUCUAUCGUUAGAGGCCAACAGCUGUUCGCCGUCGUCUCCUGUGUAAGUACGACGCUCGUCAUCCUCACUCGUCCAAUACCCAAUAAUAUAUUAUCUCUGCCGUUGGCCGCUGGAACGCAGUACAAGCUCGUCUCGACAGAAAACGACGACAUGAGUGUCGAAAAUCUCAACAACCACCCGCCCUCGGCCGACCAAACAGGUUCUUCAAGCAAAAAUAAAAAAUCCAUACUAUAUGAUAAAACAUUUCUUAUUGACAUUGAUGACAAUAUAGUCAGCUCAAAAGUUGAAAAGCUUAUAAAUACAUAUGGAGGAAAAAUAAUUAAAUCAUUAGAGGAGAGUACCGAUUAUUUAAUAUCAGAUAUGAUACAAAGUGAAGAAGCAAAACACAAUACCACUUCAGAAACUAAUAAUUGUAGAAAAGAUAUAGAAGUAGGACCAUCUUCUAAACGUAAAAAUUCAGUUGAUCUCAUUAAUAAAGCAAAUAUUUUAAACAUAAAAAUUUUAUCCGCCAAAAAGUUUCAACAUUGGCUCAAGUCUUUAUUGAAAAAACGCCGCACCAAAAAAAAACCCAGAGAUCAAGUUGCAAGUGUAUUACGAGGAAAAGUUAGUUUGAAAAUAGAAUCAAUGGAUCAAGCACAACGUCCUGUGUUUGAAUUUAUACCCAAGUGGCCAGAUUUAGGCGAUGCAUUGUGUAAAAACAAAACUAAACAUUCAGUCGAGCAUAAAUAUGAUGGAGAUAGAAGUGGUGAUGAUUACUCUUCAGAUCAGUACAGUACCUCAGAAAUUGGUGGAAUGUGUGAACUAUGUGACAUGCCAUUUAUGAAUUAUAAAGAACAUAUAAAUACAAAAAAACAUUUGAAAGAAAGUCAAGAUGAAAACAGAUUUCAUGAAUUAGACGAGUUAAUCAAUGAGAGGCCUUUAAAUGUUAUACUUAACCAAAUUCUACCCGAUAAGUCUGAUAAAAAAAUUAACAAUGAUCAAAACUCUGCUCAGAAAACAACUAAUCUUAAAAACUGCAUAGAAGAUACAGUUAUUACAAUAAUUGAUUCCGAUUCAGAUGAUGCUGAACAAAAAAAUGUGCCUUCUUUGUUUGGUGAUAUAGCUCAAAGUGAUUUUAAAGAAGAAGCAUCAGAAAGUUUAAAGAGAAAAUACCAAUAUUCUGAUACCAAUAUUUCUUAUGUACCUCAAAAGAGACCUAGUAAGUUGAAUGUACCAAUACAUGAUGAAAUUAAUUUUUAUAAAAAAACCAAACGGAAACACAAAACACAUCAAAAGUCAUUAUCCAAGGAUAUAUAUAAAGUGGAAGUUGUAAACAGCCAUCCAUCAAAUUCAAAUAAUAAUCCAAAUAAUGAUAGAAUUGCCUCCGAUCAACCACCAGUUAUAAUACGUUUCAAGAGAGUACAAAAUUCAAUUAACAAAUGUCCUUCAAGUGAUGUUAUAACAAUAUCAUCAUCAUCAUCAUCAUCAUCAUCAUCAUCCUCAUCUUCAUCAUCGUCCUCAUCCUCAUCGUCAUCAUCAUCUGAUGAUGAUGAUAUUAAUGUAAAAAUAAUCCCCGAGGACACAAUACCAGUUCAUAGAUAUAUACGUGUAGUAAGAAAACCAAGUUUUAGUAAUAAAACUGAAGUCACGCCUUCAAAAAGCUUCACCGAAAGUCAAAUGUUUACAUUUGAACAUCCUGAAUUACGUCGAAAUAUCUAUAAAAAUUGUUCUUACUAUCCUACAUACACAUGUAUUCCUGACACUAAGUCUAGCGUUGAAUACAUCCAGCAAAAGAUAGAAAAUUUAGGUAAUCCUAGCUUAAAAUGUGCAUUGUCAUUUAAAGAUUCUUUAAAAGCCAUGUCUAAUAUGGAACCUAAACAAAUUGGAGAAUGGUUCUAUAAUGUUCCCAAAAAAAUUCAAGAUAACUUAUCAUUCAAUUCCUCAUCAUUAGUUCCACUAACUGAGUUAUCAAAAAUUAAGUCUUUUGUAGCCCCUAAAGGGAAUGUGCACAAAAGUUCAACAUCAUUCAGUUCUAUUGAAAUAUUGUAAUUUUAGUUGAUUAAUGUUCCAAAUGGUUUUGUGUCCUAUCUGAGAUCUCUUAAUGUUAUUUUCUUUAGGGAUUAUUUGUAAUUAUUAUGUUGAAUUUUUUUUAAUUAUUAAAUGUUAUAUGCCCCAUACUUAUAGGCAAAAAAACAUUUGAUUUAUACCUACUCAAAGUUAUAUCCAAAGAAUUGUUAUUCAGUUUAUUCUUACCAAAUACCAUAUACAAGUAUUAAAUCAAUUAAAAAAUAUGGAUCUGUUCUUGAUAAUUAUUUAUUUUAAAUAUUGUUCAUAAAUUAGUUAAAC